GAUGCGGUGGUUGACGAAAUGUAUACGAGAGUUCAAAUGCGCUGCUAUCUACAGGAACAGCAUCCUUAGCCAUAGGUUCAUUUCCUCAGCAGUAGCAGCAGCAGCUACACCUACUAAGUCCCACUCUCCUGGAUCGUUACUGUCCGAUUUUCACCUUCGGAGUUACCAAGAAGAAUGUAUACAGUCUGUCCUCUCAUAUUUGGAGAAGGGCCACAAAAGACUGGGUGUUUCGCUAGCAACGGGGAGUGGAAAGACUGUAAUUUUUACGCAGCUGAUCGAUCGCAUUCCUCCCCGUGAUGAAGUCGCAAACCGAACCCUUAUUAUAGUCCAUCGCAAAGAACUGGUUGAACAGGCAGCAAAGCAUUGUAUGCUUGCGUACCCGGGGAAGACCAUCGAAAUUGAAAUGGGCAAGAGUCACGCAACAGGAACCGCUGAAAUAACCAUAGCAUCUAUCCGAAGCCUCCUUUCAAAGGGACGAAUUGAAAAGUUUGACCCGGAGAGAUAUAAACUUAUUUUGGUGGAUGAAGCGCACCAUAUCGUGGCUCCGUCGUAUAAAGAAGUUCUUGGAUAUUUCGGAUUGAAUGAAGUGUCCGAUGGGUCUCCAGCUCUCGUUGGCGUGUCGGCGACUUUUUCGCGGUUCGAUGGACUAAAACUAGGGGCUGCUAUUGACCAUAUCGUCUACCAUAAAGACUAUAUCGAUAUGAUUGGAGAAAAGUGGCUUGCAGAUGCUGUGUUCACUACAGUGAAUUCCAGGGCUGACCUAUCAAAGGUUUCCAAUGGCCCUAAUGGUGACUUUCAGACUGGUCAGCUAUCAGCAGCAGUUAACACUGACACAGUGAAUGAUAUUACUGUUCGCGCUUGGCUCUCCAGGGCGAGCGAGAGAAAAUCAACUCUUGUUUUUGGGGUCAACAUUGAGCAUGUAAGGUGCCUCACAGAAGCAUUUCGCAGAUUUGGCGUCGAUGCGAGAUAUAUUACAAGUCAGACUUCCAAAGAUAUCCGAACAGAUGAACUGGAAGCUUUCCGCAACCAAGAAUACCCAGUUUUGGUAAACUGUGGGCUUUUCACAGAAGGAACAGAUAUCCCUAAUAUUGAUUGUGUGCUUCUUGCACGUCCGACAAGGUCCAAAAACCUUUUGAUCCAAAUGAUUGGGAGAGGAUUAAGGCUAUACCCAGGGAAGAAGAACUGCCAUAUCAUUGAUAUGGUUGCGUCUCUUGGCACUGGUAUCACCAGCACACCAACCCUGUUUGGUCUUCACCCGGACGAAGGUCUUGAUGAAGCAAAGAUGGAGGACAUCGAAAAACUCAAAAACCGUGAAAGUUAUAGCUUCAAAUCGAAGUCGAAGUUCUCUGCUAUUUCUGCGGAUAAAGUGGCUGUUGAUUUUACUGACUAUGAUUCUGUAAAUGAUUUACUCCGGGAUACAUCAGGUGAAAGACAUAUUCGUUCGUUAAGCCAAAAUGCUUGGGUAUCAGUGGCGCCAGAUCGGUACGUGCUGAAUGCGCCUCCUGGAAGAAUUACAAUCAUCAAAGACGACUCCGGUUUGUAUUCGGUUUCCCACGUCAGAGCCUUGAGCCCGAAUCUUCAUUCAAAAAGCCCAUUUAGCCGCCCGCGAGAGAUUGCCUCGUCACUUGAAUUCGCUCAAGCAGUGCACGCUGCUGAUACGCUAGCCAACCGCAUAUUUAUCCCAGUUUUUAUAGCUAAAUGGCAACCAUGGAGAAAGAAGUACGCCAGCCUUGGGCAGGUCGCAUUUCUUAACAAGCACCUCCCUUUCGAUAACCAGAUUAAACCGGGAGAAAUUACGAAAGGAGAGGCAGCAGAUAUGAUCACGAAGGUCAAGCACGGAGCAAAGGGCCAAUUCAAGAAUAUAGUCGCCAUUAAACGGCGUUUGGGCCGAGAGAAGGCCAAGGAAUCUGAACUGGAGGAGCUGAGGAGUAGGGAGGAAGUGAAAGUCGGCCCACUUGAUUAGACAUCGUUAAUCUGUUUUGUGCUCUGUAAAGACGAUACCCAUGUAUAAUAAUUAAACCGAAAUACUUUUUGAG